GUGCCAGUUGCAUCUCCCACACCGUCUGUCUCCUGCCUGAAAGCAACCUUCCUUCCAGCGUGGGUACCAAAACAGCCACAGCAUCUCUACUUGGGUGCAGCACUCAAGAGCCAAGCCAUGCAUCUCAACACAACUUCUUCCCUGUACCAGCUGGGAUAUCUUAUGGGUGAGUUUCAUCUGCUGUCCACCAAUUAUGUCCUGCCUACAGCUGAGAACCUCUCCAACAGUUCAGGAUUGGGGUCCUGGCUGCACAAUGAGGAGGAUCUCGAGGUGAACACAGACAUCUACUCCAGGAUCAUGGUCACCAUCAUCUACCUGGUACUCUUCCUGCUGGGGACCAUUGGCAACUCCAUCACUGCUUACACCCUAUUGAGGAAGAAGUCCCUGCAGAAUCUCCAAAGCACUGUGCACUAUCACCUGGCCAGCUUGGCAUUCUCCGAUUUGCUCAUCUUCCUCCUCUGCAUGCCCAUCGAACUGUACAACUUCAUCUGGGUGCAUCACCCCUGGGCUUUUGGCAACAACGUCUGCAAGAGCUAUUACUUUCUGAGGGAUGCUUGUACCUAUGCUACAGCUCUCAAUAUCGCCAGCCUCAGCAUUGAAAGGUACAUGGCCAUCUGCCACCCUUUCAAAGCCAAGAGCAUCAUGUCCAGAAGCCGGACCAAAAAAUUCAUCAGCUGCAUCUGGCUCGCCUCCUUCUUGCUAGCCAUCCCAAUGAUCUUAAUCAUGGGAGAGAUCUAUAAGGUACCCCAAGAUCCCACCUCGCUGAUCUGUACCCAGAUUGUGGAAGAUUCCACACUUAAGAUUGCCAUCCAGGUCAAUGUUUUCAUCUCCUUCAUUUUCCCAAUGGCUGUUAUCUCUAUUCUGAACACCAUCAUAGCCAACCAACUCAUUAUCAUGUUCAAGCAAGCGGCACAAGAAAACCAAGUGUGCACAAUUGGAGGACAGCAAACCAUGUUUAGCAUGUCCAUGGAACCUGGACGUGUUCAAACCCUGAAGCACGGAGUUCGAGUUCUGCGUGCUGUUGUGAUUGCCUUUGUGGUGUGCUGGCUUCCAUACCAUGUGCGGCGACUUAUGUAUUGCUAUGUGUCAGAAAACCAGUGGUCAGACUUCCUUUAUGACUUCUACCACUAUUUCUACAUGCUGACAAACAUCCUCUUCUAUGUUAGUUCAGCUAUUAACCCAGUCCUAUAUAACUUGGUCUCCACCAACUUCCGCCAGAUCUUCCUUUCAACCCUUAUUUCCAUGUGCCUGCCGUGGAGAAAGAAGAAGAAACGAACCAAGUUCAACAGAAAAUCCAACAGCAUCUCUAGUAAUCACACUUUUUCUAGCCAGGUCACCAGAGAAACUACAUAUUGAGACUUCGGCAUUCCCAAGAAAGAAAGA